AUGUCUGAUUUGAAACGCCUUGCACCACCAAAUUCAAAAGCGAAAUUGCAACUUUUGGGCUCGUAUGAUCCAUCUGGUGAGCUUAUAAUCAAAGACCCAUAUUGUACAAAAGGAGAACAGGCUUUCCAUAAAACAUUAGAACAAUGCACGAGUGCUUGUGAAGGUUUCUUAAAUGCUAUGGCAGCUAAUUUUGAUAGAAGUGUACUUUUUAUCUGUCUUGGAAACAUUUGUCGUUCACCAGUUGCUGAAGCAGUAUUUCGAAAACUGCUCAAAGAAAAGGGUAUUUUUGACAAGUGGCUAGUUGAUAGUGCAGCUAUUGGAUCUUGGCAUAUUGGCUCUAAGCCUGAUUCUCGAGCCAUUUCUGUUCUGGAACGUAACAAUAUUGAAAUAAAUCACAGAGCAAGACAGAUAGAGGAAUCUGAUUUUCAUAAAUUUGAAUUCAUUCUUGGUAUGGAUGAAGAAAACAUGUCAGAUUUGAAACGCCUUGCACCACCAAAUUCAAAAGCAAAACUGCAUCUUUUGGGCUCAUUUGAUCCAUCUGGUGAGCUUAUAAUCAAGGAUCCAUAUUAUACAAAAGGAGAAAAGGCUUUCCAUAAAACAUUAGAACAUUGCACAAGUGCUUGUGAAGGUUUCUUAAAUGCUGUAAUCAAUAAAUAAAAAAUGAUAAUUUUUGGAGUAUCACAUUUUGUAUUCUUAUAAAAAUUCCAGUUUUUAAUUUUUAAUAAUUUUAGAGGAAACUUAACUUAUAUAUUUUAGAAAUAUACACUAUGUUAUAAA